AUGUCGGUCUUAAUGCGUUUCUGGGGCGUGGAGGUGAAGGCGGGCGAGACGGUGGGGGUGGACCCUCGGGAUAUUGCAGACUACGUUCACAUCACCCAGGUCGCUCUAGGCCCCUCCCCCAAGGCAGGCGAGCGAGUAGCCAUCACACUCACCACCGCCCCACCUGCUGAUAGUGACAGCGAGGAGGAGGAGGAUGAGCAGAUGGGGAACGGUGAUGAGAAGAACAAGGGUAGUGCAGAGGGGUACAGUGCGGUGGUGGCGGUGCUGCAAGGGGGGGAGAAGGACCAGGCGAGAGUGCAGUUGGUGUUGGAACGGCCGUUCUCUUUGGCCCAUGGCGGCACAGGGAGUGUGUUCUUGAGCGGAUACAAGACCAUGCAGGAAUACCCGGAUGGGGGAGAGGCCGAUGAGGACCCAUUUGCUGAUAUUGAAGAGGAUGAGGAAGAGGAGGAAGAGGAAGAGGAGGAGGAUGAGGAGGCGAUUGAGAGGGAGGCGGCAAAGGAGAUAGCAGCGCUGCAGGCGGAGCUAGCCACCAAAAAAGCGAAGAAGGCUCAGAAGGCAGCAGCAGUGCUGGCACAGCUCACAGCAGCACAAGAAGAGAAGAAGAAGGCUGAGAGAGAGGCAGGCGAAGGGAGCAAGGGAGGAGUAGGGGCGAAAGGCGGAGAAGGGGCGAAGGCAGGGAGUGCGAAUGGUGUGGAUGGGAAGAGGAAAGCAGGGGAGAUUGAGGGCAGCCAGAAGGAGGCGGGUCAGGGGGGGCAGGGGACGCCUGGGGGAGAGGCAGGUGAGGAGAAGGGGAAGAGGCGAAAGGGGAAGAAGGGGAAGGAAGAGGGGACUCCGGGCAAGGAAGAUAAGGCACAGCCCACCACGCCAGCAACCACGCCUGUCCCCCGUGCCCCGGCACCCACACCAGCCAAGCCAGUGCCCAACCUCAUCCCUUUUCUCUGUCCUGCCUCCGCUUCCCCCCACCACACCGGCAACCACCCCAGUGCCACGUGCCCCGGCUCCCACACCAGCCAAGCCAGUGCCAAACCCCCUCUUUUUUCCCUGUCCUGCCUCCCCUUCCCCGUUCCCAUCCCCGCUCCCCUCCUCCCACAGCCCACCACACCGGCAACCACCCCAGUGCCACGUGCCCCGGCACCCACACCAGCCAAGCCAGUGCCCAACCCGCCCACUCCCGGCGCCACACUAGCCAACGCCGCCUCUGCUCUCGCCAACGCUGCUCCUGCCGCCUCCGCUCUGCUCUUUUGCUCUCCAUUCAACCACGCCUCCAAAGCCGCCUCUGCUCUCGCCAAAGCAGCCCCUGCUGCCUCCCCUGCUAAAGCAUCCACUCCUGCGAAAGCAGCUAAGGGAGCAAAGGCAGCAGGGACUCCUGCUAAAGAGGGUUCCACGCCGGCUAAAGCAGCCACAGCAGCCAAGGCAGCAACUCCUGAAGGCGGAAUUGUGUGCGGAGCGUGCAACAAGUGA